UUAUCCAAUAUCCAAUGACUCGAAAGAAAGACGUUUGGAUGAGAAUAACCAUGGAGUGGGAAACACCCUCAAGGAAGCUUUUCCGAUGACAAAAAUUCCGAUUCCGGGGUUACCAGAAUCAAACUUCUUCGUCAACAACAAUGGCGGCUGCACCCUCUUUCACUACAACUACUUUCUUUUCCAGAAAUAGCAAUGACAACACCAAAAUAUCUCACUCUCUAUCAAAUCACCUUUGCGCCAUUCCAAUCUCAACUAAUUUUACGCCGCCAAUUUUACGUUACGCCACCCUCCUCCGCCGUCAUCGCCGCCGCAUACGACGUUACAAUUUCAACGGAGUUGGAGAUAAUGAUUACAGCACCACCACCAGCGGCGGCGCCGGCGACGGAGAAACGCCGACUACCCCUGUUACUAAUUCUGAGAAGGGGUUUCUGGCAGCCGUGAUUGACAGUCUUCCUCUUCCGCAAGGAGAAGCUAAUACUGCGAUUGUCUCUGCUUGUGUUGUCGGCCUUCUUACUGGUGUCAGUGUCGUCCUUUUCAAUUAUGUGGUUCAUGAAUUACGUGAUUUUUGUUGGGAUGGAGUACCAUACCGAGGUGCAUCAUGGUUAAGGGAGGAGAAUCUUGAAGAAACUUGGAAGAGGACUAUAUUCGUACCGGUUGGUGGGGGUGUGGUUGUUGCUGUGUUGAACUAUAUUCGAGAAGGACUUGAUUCCACUGAAGGAGGAGACUUUAAAACCAUUCCUCAAAUUCGGGCUGUAUUUCAGCAGUUCCUUAAGUCGUUGGCAGCAUGUGUCACUCUUGGAACCGGGAAUUCGUUGGGCCCUGAAGGUCCUUGUGUUGAAAUUGGUUCUUCCAUUGGCAAAGGAAUUGCUUCUUUGUCUGGUAGGAGUGCUGGGAAAAAGGUUCCUCUUGUUGCUGCAGGAUCAGCUGCCGGGAUUGCUUCUGGAUUCAAUGCUGCUGUAGCUGGUUGUUUUUUUGCUGUGGAGUCUGUUAUACGGCCAUCACCUGAUUCAGAUGUAUCUCUUACAAAUACAACCUCAAUGAUCAUACUAAGUGCUGUCAUAGCUUCUGUAUUGUCUGAAGUUGGUCUUGGUGCUGAACCAGCAUUCAAGGUCCCUGAUUAUGAUUUUCGUUCUGCAAGUGAGCUUCCGCUGUAUCUUUUGCUGGGAAUUCUAUGCGGCUUGGUUUCUUUGGCCUUGACUAGGUGUACUACUUUCAUGUUACAUAAGGUUGAAGAAAUUAAGAAAGCUGGCCGAGUACCCAAAGUUGUUUUUCCAGUAACUGGUGGCUUAGCUGUUGGACUCAUGGCUUUGGCAUAUCCAGAAAUUCUAUACCGGGGUUUCCAGAAUGUUGAUAUUUUGUUGGAAUCUCGACCGUUUGUAAAAGGUCUAUCAGCUGACAUAUUGGCUCAAUUAGUGGGUGUUAAAAUUAUUGCUACAUCUUUUUGCCGAGCCUCUGGAUUAGUCGGGGGAUAUUAUGCACCAUCACUUUUUAUUGGUGCUGCUACAGGAAUGGCAUAUGGAAAAUUUAUUGCUUUGGCAGUUUCUGAAAUCAGUCCAAUCCACCUUUCUUUCAUUGAAGUGGCAUCCCCACAAGCAUAUGGCCUGGUUGCCAUGGCUGCUACUCUUGCAGGGGUUUGUCAAGUACCUCUGACAUCGGUGCUGCUACUUUUUGAGCUUACUCAGGACUACCGUAUUAUUGUACCACUUCUAGCAGCUGUGGGCACGUCAUCUUGGAUUACAUCUUCAAGGAUAAAGAGAACGGAUUUGAGAGAUUCCAAGACAGUUAAUGAAAGUUCCCUUAAGAUUCAAGAAAGUAAUGGAUCAAACAAUAAUGCUAGUUUACGUUCUUCUGGCAACUCAUACCCUGUAAAAGAAUCUAAUACUGAUAAUAUCUGUGAAAUUGAGAGUUCAAGCUGUUUUGAUGAUUCUGAUGCGGAAAGUGAUGAAGUUGAAAGGAAAAUUUUUGUGUCGCAGGCCAUGAGGACAAGUUUUGCGACUGUCUUAAGAAGUACAUCACUUAUUGAAGCUGUGACUCUGAUGCUUGCAGAAAAACAGUCUUGUGCACUUAUUGUUGAUGAGUAUAAUUAUUUGAUUGGUAUACUAUCUCUGGAGGAUAUUCUAGUGAUCAGCAAAUCUGCGCAAGCUAAUGGAAGAAAAUCUGAGGAAAUUUUAGUGGCAGAUACUUGUUCUCUUGAUGGUGAAAAACAUGAGGUGUUGUGGACAGUAACCCCGGACAUGGAUCUUCUCUCGGCUGAAAUAAUUAUGAUCAGGCAUGGUUUAAGUCAGCUGCCUGUUAUCUCUGAGGUUGGGGAGGGGUGCAGAGGAAAACCAGUGGGCAUUAUAGACAUGCAGUGCAUCAAGCUAGCUUGCAGAGCUGUUGCCGUCAAAGAAUAUCUGAACAAGAGUAUUAGAUCAGCAGAAAUGGAUCCCUUCAAGCCCAGGAGCAAGUCUGCACCUUGAUUAUAUCUUUGAAGGCUAACCUGCCAGUCAUCAUCAUGAAAUUUAAACCUGGAAGAUGACAAAUAACCUCAACAAGGGUACUAAGUGGUGACAUAAAUAGCAGCUUCUUUACGCCUAGAGUAUUUUGUAAAUACGGCAUGUGAAGUGGUUAAGUUUGUUCACCAUAUUUAAGAGCUGCAAGGACUGGUCAAUUGGUCAUAUAAUCUUUGUCGUCUUUUUGUCCACGCUUCAAAUUGGCUUGUUCAUCGGAAGGUUUAUAUAUUGGCUGGCUGCUAUCCAGACUGGAAUACAAAUUUCAUACAGGAAUGUCAUUGAGACAGUGGUAUACAUUGUACAGUAGUACUAUUAUCAUACGAGUAAGUUUUUUUUUUGCAAGGGGUAAUUCACUUUGAGGCUAUUGAGCUACAAAGGACAAUACUCAUUUUUUUUUUUUGGUUAAAAUACUCUUAUUGUUAGAAUGUUAGGAACCCAAAUAUUUUGUACCAAGUGUGGUAGACUUUUUAGGCUGUAAUUGGAUAUCUGUUAUUUUUCAAUUUUCAUUUAUAGCACUUGAUUAUCAAA